AUGAGUAAACAGGACAUCCCCGUCAUCCUACACAACGACAACAGAGGGCUGCUCUCCGUGGAGGACGGCCAGCUCGACGUCCUCCAGCUCAGCGCUGACGGUCGACCACCCAAGCGUCUUCUAUCUUGUCCAACACGUCUUGUCCUUCGUGCGCGUCUCGCCGCAUCGCAGGGCGCGGACAAGCCCCGCCGCCUCGACCUCCACACGCUAGGCCAAAAGGGCGAACACUCGCAUACUCUGCACCUCAAGAAGAUCCAUGUCCUCGUCGAGCCCACCCAUCAGGAUGAUGCAGAGGAAUGGGUCAACGUGCUCAUGGAGGCUGCGUAUCCCGUGACAAAGCCAAACCGACGCGUCCUCCUCAUCGUCAACCCGUUUGGAGGAAAGGGAAAGGCGAGACAGGUCGUCAAGUCGGACGUCUUGCCCAUCCUCGAGGCUGCAGGAUGUCUCGUCGACAUGCGGGAAACCACCCACAGGAACCAUGCCGAGGAGAUUGCCCGUGACAUGGAACUCAAGUAUGACGUGAUUGCCACGGCGUCUGGGGACGGUAUCAUCUACGAGCUGCUCAACGGCAUGGCCCAGCGACCCGACGCCAAGCGCUCGAUGCGCACCCCAAUCGCACCCAUUCCCCUUGGAUCAGGAUGCGCAGCGUCCGUCAACCUCUUUGGCAUCAAGGACGGAUUCAACGUUCCCCUGGCAGUACUCAAUGUCAUCAAGGGCCAAAAGAUGACUGUUGACCUGUGCUCGAUUCUGCUCAUGCCGUCAAAGGAGCGCCGCGUCUUCUUCCUGUCCACCGCUCUGGGCUUGAUGGUCGACCUCGACAUUGGUACCGAGCAUCUCCGUUGGAUGGGCGACUCGCGUUUCAUUUAUGGUUUCCUGCGCGGCGUGGCGCAGAGUAAACCCCUCAAGGCGCGUAUCCGCCUUGAUGUCAUCGAGAGCGACAAGGACACGAUGGCUGCCGAGGCGCGCCAGAAGGCGGCCGAGGAGCGUGGACCUGUCCUCGUCGGUGGGGGUACCGACCCUCUGGAACUCAUUCGCGGGGUGCAAAAGAUGGCCGUGUCCGAACCUGCCGCUGCCGAAUCUUCCCAGCCCAAGCCUGCUGCCGAGACGGAGGAGGAGCUCGACGACGGGCCUCUGCCACCUGCCCACCCGCUUCAACCCGAUGACUCGUGGCUCACUCUCGAGUCGCUCCCUAACAAAACCAAGGACCGGUCAUCCUCCAUUUCAUCUACCACCUCGUCCGUCUCGUCUCACCCUCACCGCGGUAACUGGGAGGACGGCUUCAAGAUGCUGUACCUGUAUGCCGGCCUGAUGCCAUGGGUCAGCCGCGACCUGAACCAGUGGCCGGUUCUCCAACCCGCGUCCGGCGCCAUUGAGGUGGCGGUCCAGCGCGUCGCCCCGCGCAACACGCUGCUCAGCAACAUUACCGGCGCCGAGCAGGGCGAGCCGUACUGGGACGACUCGCAGCACUACUACCGUGUGCGCGCUUUCACCGCCGAGAACCUCGACAAGAAGUCCCAGCCGUCAUUCACCCUCGACGGCGAGGGUCUGCCCUGGGACAGUUUCCACGUCGAGGUCCUGCCCAGCGCGGCAUGUUUCCUGAGUCUGGAUGGCCGGUUCUACCACUCGGACUUUGUGACAAAGCACCACACACAUGGGAACGGCAAGAAGAAGAGCAAGGCCCUGCAUCGCCAGCACUCGUAG